UUUGGUUUCAUUUUAGGGAAAAUUUAAACUCGUGCGGAGGUGGCGUGUGUUUAAAUACGUUUGAAAACUUUGGUAGAGACGACAUCUAAGGAGCUAAGAGAACUUGAACAGCACUCUGCUUUGUUACAAGUGAGGAAUUUUUUAUGGACUCCAAAACCUAGACAUUCAAUCAGUAGAAGGCUUGAUUUACAAGAAAACCUCUAAACAUCUUUCUGACCGCCUUCCAAACCACCAUGUCUUGUUUGACAUAUACUGAUUCGCCACUAUCUGCACCGUGUAAAGAAACGCAACUUCAAAAGAGUGCUCGUCUAUGUUAUAGAAGAGGAUUUUCAUCAAAGGGUUUGUCCUUAACGAGCGACAUGAAACCUGCACAUCACACGCUUUUUCGCGACCAAGUGAGUACUCUAGUGGACUGGUUUGGGAGGUGGAACGAAUGUGAACAGACUAUAGCGUUGUAUACGCUUUUGAAACGCAUAACCACCAUUCAAGCCAAGUUUCUAUCGUUAAUUCUGGAGCACACAUUUAGGGAGGAUUCCUUUGAAGUUCAGAUGAUGCAAAGGCGAGCAAACGACAAAGAAUUUUUAGGCAAUCUGAUUCGUGAGAGCAAAGAUGUUGCAGUGAAACAGCUUCUAAUGCACCUCCCUCUUCUCAAUCCACGAAACGACGAAGCAAGACACGAGUACCUUCAUUUACUUCCCAAGAUCCUUAACCACACUGUGGAACAUUCAGUCCAUCAAGAAGAGUGUCGUCAGCUCUUGUCACUGGCUGUUGUGCACCCAGCCUUCCCCCCUGACGAGCGAAAUUAUCUCCACCACUGGCUGAGCAAACUUGACCAAAGCCUUGGAGUACAUGAGAGGAUGCAAACAACGAAUUCUUUUGUCAAUGAAAAUUCGGAUGUGUUACCCAAUACAGGUUGUGAAAACCUUGUUAGACAAAACUAUAUGCGUGGUCGUAUGAAUGGCUGGCGUAACCAACAGCUCAUUCAUGUAGACUCUGGAAUUGGUAGCUCAUUUGAUACGCCAACAAUUCAAACGCAUCUUUCAAUUACAUCAUCUCUAAGGAAGAGUCGAUCAAAUUCUCUCACCCCUCCACCACCUAUUGAAAUACAGGACUCCAUUUUGGAGGAUUUCUCAGAAAGCAGUGAGAUUGAAAAUCGUCCGGGCAGGUCCCAGUCAUUUCCAGUGGAUCCUCACCGAUUAAAUAACUCGCUCUCACCUCAAUCAUCUUUGGACAGUGAAUAUGAUGAAAAUGGUUGCAGACAGAGAGGAAGUAGCUUUAAUGAAGAUGCGCGACCAGGCAUGAAAGAGGUUGGUUCGUGGUUAAAAAAUUUAAGAUUGCACAAGUAUGGCAGUUUGUUUGCCCAGCUCUCUUAUGAAGAGAUGCUUGGUUUAACCGAGGACCACUUGGAAACCAAGGGUGUAACCAAAGGUGCAAGGAACAAAAUUCUACUGAGUAUCAAAAAAUUGGCGGAAAGACCAGAAACACUGGCUCGUCUGGAAAAGGAAGUGCUUCAACAAGGAAAACUCCAAGGAGUUCUUGUUGGACUCAAAGAUAUCAUAAUCACCCCAAUAAAACCAUUUAGUUCUCCUCCCUCGGAGAAUUCACACUGUGGUUCAUACCCACCGCCACUGACAGGACAACAGCCGCCUUCGACUCUACCUCCCCACCCAGAAGACUUGGCAUCAAGGAUAACAAGAGUGUUGGGUAAAGCUUGCACUCAGAUUCUUGUAUCAAGAGCAGAUGAGGAACACUGCAACACUUAUCUUCAACUUUUAGACAGAGUUCUUUCACUUGAGGCAUUUACACAGACCCAAAAAACCAGAAUUCAGUCAUGGAAGCAAGAAUGUCAAAGACUUGUCAGACAAAGACGGCCAUCACAUGACACCAGGGCAAGAGGAUGGUACAACAUGAGCCACAACUCGGGGGAUUCCAUAGGAGGGAAUCUUGGGCCUCCUGCAGGUUCAGGGGUCAUGAACAAGCGUCACAGAGGCUCACUUCGUAACACUGUUAAGAACCCUGCUGGUCAGCUUCGUAGCAACAGUGCUGAGACGCAAAUGCACUCUAAACCAAGACUGGUGAGGUCACAUGCUGUUGUGGGAAGAACAAAGUCACUUCCUCUUAAACCAACACAACAGACCAGUGUUGGUUUGCCUCAGCAACUCUCGGCAGAUCUAGAGAACAUUGAUGAUGGAUUAGAGUCCCUUUGUCUCAGUGUUACUGAACAUGCCCUUUCUGAUUCAACAGACCCAUCAGUAAACUAUAAAUAGCACAUGUUUUAACAGACCGCAGGCUGUAACACAAGCAAUGGAGUUGCCUUAGUAGAGCACACAGAGGCCAUUAUUGUUCAAUGAUACUAGUGAAAAAUGUCUCAGAAAAGUCCCAUUUGCAAGAGCAGAUGAAGACAGGAUAUUCCCCCCAAAAAACCAUAAUUAUAGGCAAUGCUUAUUUCAUCUUUAUUCUCAAAAAGCUCAUAGAGGUUUAAUAAGGCUUUGUGUUAUGCCAUUUUACCUUACCCUGAAGUAGAUGGCAGUAAAACGGGGAAUAUUAUGUCAUUAUUAUUGUGUUAACACUAGUUGACUUGGUCCUCAAUUGUUUAUUGGGAUAUUGUAUUUAGAUGGAGGUAUUUAAAACAUUGAAUCAUGGUAUCUUAGGAACGUAAUUUGAAGUAGUAGCAUUGACUGCACUCCUGAAAUUGCUGACUUAGCAAAUUUAACCUUCUGGGCUUAGUUUGAUCAUGUUCUGCAAUUUUCUAGUUUUGUCUUUGUUGUUUUGGGGUGAUUCACAAACUUAGGUGCCAUACUGUUUGUAUGCAGAAUGGGUCUUGUUUGCAUUUUGAUUACUUGUUCUGGUUACACUUGUACAUAGUUUGGAUAACCACUGUUACAUUAAGAUAUAUGUUAAAAGUUUAUUUUCAUAAUUUUGUUUUUCAUUUCUUGUUUUUUGUUGUGUUAGUUCAAACCAAUGUGAUGUUGUUUUUGUUUGAGUGUUAUUCUUAAUACAGGCUGUGGUAAAAUUUUGCAGAAUGUGUAUUUGUUUUCUAAAGCUAUUUCUUAAAAGAUGUUUGUUUGUAAAUAAACUGCCGACCAUGAUAGAUGGAGAAGGCAGUUUAAAACAGAUUGUUUUUGUUUAAGCAACAAUUUACUUGAAAUUUUUGGGUUGGGUUUAAUUUGUCCUAUCAAGUAAAGUAAUUAAUUUUAAGAAUUUAACUUUUUUCAUCUCUUCUUUUGGGUCCUUAAUGAUUGUGUUGUUCUGAGAAAUAACUAUGACAAUUUUCAAAUGACUAGCAAACACUCUUUCCAUCACAUUUUAAAUUUAGGAAACAGAAUAAUUUUGGUAACCUAAAGUAAUUUAUCAUUCAUAUAAUUGCUGGCAAAUCUAUGGAAUCUCUUUUAACAGAGCUGUCUUUUUUCUUUUUUUUUUUUUUUUAUCAAUUUUACCUCAGGCAAUCUUGAAAAGUGUUUUUCUUUUUUCCCGUUUUUUUUUCAUAGAAGGCCAACAUGAAUAAAUGUGAAAGCAUUUUGUUCUGUUCUUUAGAAAUACGUGAUCUAGAUUUCAACAUAUGUAACUGCGUGUCACUUCCAUGUCAUUGAUCAGGAACAAUUGGUGUUGGGCUGUUUAUGUACAAAGAGGAAAUCGUUAUGGAUACAGUGCAUCUCUUUGCAUCAUGCAGAAGUCCACUGACAACUUUGAAAUCAUUUGUUCACAAAGCAAAAAAACAUGGUUUUCCAAAUUGAAAUCUGGACAAUAUUUAGAUUUCAUUUUGUUGAUUUAAUAAAUUUUAUGUGCAGGCAGGAGCUGGUAUUUUAGAAAAGCCUUUGGUAGCUUUUCAGUAAGUAAUUUUCCUUGAGAAAACUGGCAGAUUCCUUCAAGUUAAGGGUAUUAAGCAGCAGGGAAAGAGUGCAGAUCACAUAUAAUUUUAUUUGACUCAACAAAUUUCAUUUUCACUUGGUUUUACAGAGUAGUGGCUAUGUACAUUUAUCCUAAGGAGUGUCACCUAAAACAAAAGCAAUUUAUGCUAAGAAUUGCUCAUUGAACAUCUUUAAAUGUGAAAGUAAUAUAUUGCUCUUCAAACAUUGUUCGUCCUACAGUCUGAUUGUAAUUCAUAUCAUGGCGUUAAAAAGAUAAGAAAACAAACAGAACAAAAACAACCUAAUGCUGGCAUUGUCAAUGAAACUUUGUAAUAGUUUCCAUGUGCAGGUCAUAGUUAAAUAGAAGUGCCAGAAAAUAAUUAUUGAAUUGACCAAGAAUAUUCUGUAUACUAUUACCAUGAAUAUCUUACAAGCAUAGCACAUAUUUCAUUCUACAGUCCUUCAGCGCUUGAAGUAGGUAUCAGUUUUAUUGAAUGUAAGACCUAUGCAACAACACCAAACAGAAUUGUAGAAGUACAUUUAUAAGUGCUCUUGAUCAUUAUUGCUUUGGGAACAUAGGAAGGCGUGCUAUGAAAGGAAUUAUAUGCCACCUAUGAGUGAAAAAAUGCUUUCAUGGAGAAUAUUUAGACCUGACUGUGCUUGUUUCCUAGUAUUCCAUGACUUUUAAUGGGAUAUAAUUCAAUACACAAAAAAUGUCUGAUCAUUUUGGUACUAAAAUUGCUUCAAGCUCUUUGUUGUAGAGUCAAAGUAACUGAUCCAGACAAGGUGAAGGUUAAAUUGUUUGUUGAUUGACAGUGAAGGAGAAAUUUUUCUCCUGAGGAAAAAAAAAAUUAAUACUUGCUUUGACUUACUGUCUGUUGUUAGUGAGUGGUGGAAACUUUCUUUUGGAGCACCCUUCUUGUUGAAUGUGUAACAGAUAUGUAGGAAGUAUUUUUAAGAUGUUGUUAUUAAUAAUUAUUGGGUUAUUUUCCUAGAUUAACUAAAAAAAUGUCCGUCUUUAUUAGGUGUGUAAGAAAUGCCGAAUGUUGCUAUCGUCAAUUUAAUGUCAAUCUUAUUUAUAGAAUGGUUUAAAAAGUAUAAAAGAGUUAGAUUAUUUUCAUGACCUUUGAGGAUGGACAACAUCAGCUAGUACUGAUGAAAAAUUCAUAGUGGCACAAGCUGAUCACUUGCUGUGCAAGCCUUUAGCUUCCCUUGUCAUUCCUCGUAUGUUCUGAAAUUAGAUUAAAUUUGCUUAAAGAAAAUCAACAUUGUUGGAACAAUUUACAAUUGUUACAUUAACUGAAUUGGAUAUGUGGUUUGGGGUGAGGGUUCCCUGUGAAUCUUUUAAAAGGUAUUUAUCUCUCUUACAAGUGCAGUUAAGUAAAUCAGUUUGUAAGCAUAUUCCAUGCUUCAUUUUUUGUUCAAAACCGCAUGAAAUAAAUUUAGCACAAUUAUGACUGGUAUAUACUUUUCUUGCAGAAAGUUUUUUUCUUUUUUCAAGAAAUGAAUGUAAUGUUCUCCAGAAAAUUACUUGUGAAGCACAAUAAUUUUCUGCCCUUGAGAACUUAUUUAGAACCCCAAGAGCCUUGGAAGGCAGAAAAAUUCAGUUCAAUUUUAAAUACUUUUAUUUUGUUCAAUGUGGGAUAUGUUUUCAAAGUUAAACAGUACAGGUAACUGCUAACUUAAUAAAUGUUGGUUUUCAAUAUGUUCCUUUUUCACCUUAAUUAAAGGUUGACAACAUUUGUUCCAACACUGUUGAAUAUUCUUUAAGCUUUGUUGAAAUCUUAACCCUAUGGGUUGUAGUGUUAAUAACCAUUGUUACCACAAAUGUUGAGUGCUCAUGGAUUUGUUCAAGGGCAGUUUUGUCAAAAAUCUUUGUCUAAGACUGUAGUCUGUUUAAUAAUGUGUUGUAAGCAGAGUUAGGUUAGAACAUGAAAAAACAGUGGAACAUGAAAAUGAAUACGAUAUCUUGCAUACGGGUAGUUUUUUUUUUUUUUUUGCAGCAACUGCAAUAAACUGUUGUUAAAUGAA